GUAGAACUUUAGGAACAAACUAUUAGUAGCAUCUUCAGAAUAGAAACAUAUUGGUUUCUGUUAACAGCAGCAAAUUAAUGUUAACUGAAGAGUUCUUGGGACAUUUUGCAAACCAAUGAAAUACAAAAAACAAGGAAAAUGAAAAAUGACGUGAAGAUAAAAAUUCUCAAAUACUUCUUGAACCUAUUUAAUGGAAUCUUUCUUAUUAUUGGAGCAAUCGUUUUUGGAUGUGGCAUUUGGAUCUUAUGGGAUGAGAACAGCUUUAUUGGCACACUGUUAUCUACAGAUCAUCAAGAUAUCCUAAGCAUCAGUGCUUACUGUUUCCUUGCUAUUGGUAUUACUGUCACCAUAGUGUGUUUGGUGGGAUGUAUAGGAAGUAUAAAAGAAGUGAAACACUUGUUUAUUCUGUACUUCUUAUUUCUAAUUCUUAUCUUCAUUCUGCAACUUGCAAUUGGAUUGGCCGUACUUUCACAAUAUAGCAAUAUUGCAACUCUGCUGGAUAAGAAAACCAUUGAGGCUAUUAAACAUUAUGGCAAUGAUAGCUUUUCCAAAGAAUUGAAAUGGAACUUAUUGGAUCUCAUUCAGAACGAACUUCAGUGUUGUGGAUAUUACAAUUCCACAGAUUGGGAACAGAAUGAUCUGAUUGGAUUGAUGUCUCUCCCUUGCUCAUGUAGCAAUUCUACUGUGGAUGAUUCUAAUUAUUUUUGUCAUAUCACUGAGAAUACCUACAUAUACCCACAGGGCUGCAGCACACACAUGAAACAAUGGCUCAAUGGCAACGUUGCAACUGUUCUUGUAGUUGCUGCUGUUCUCCUCCUAAUACAGGUAUUGCAGUUCAUCAUGGCUGUGUAUCUGUUUAAAUCCAUAAAGAAAAAAGAGAAUUAUUGAAAAGAGAAACAACUUACAUGAAAAAUAUCAUUUGCUUCAUCUGUUAACAUGAAACAUAUAUGUCUUCUAAUCAGAAACCAAUUCUAGU